AUGAAUAACGGAUUACAUAAAUUAUUUCAAUCAGUUAUGAAUAUCAAUAACCAAAAUCAACAACAACAAGAUGGUGAACAACAGCAACAAGAGACAUCUACAUCUACUACAACAACUACAACUACAAAUGAAGAUGAGAAUAAUGUAAUGAGAUUCUUUAACAAGUUGACACCACCAACAACUAAUCCAACAACAACAACAACAAAUACACAACAACCAUCACCACCUAUUGAACAACAACAACAACAACAAGAAAUGUUAACACCAUCAAAGAAACCAUUAAAAUCAUCAAUUGGAGGAGGUGUAUUACCAAAUUUAAGUUUUGAACAAUCAAAUAAUAUUACAACAAGUCAUAAUGGAGUUUAUUUAAAUGGAAAUGAAAUUACAAUUGAUCAAUCAAUAGCAAUGAAAUAUAUUUCAGAUUUGGAGAGUCAAACGAUAACCAUUAUUCCAUCGUCAUUAAAAUAUCUUUGGGGAAGAUUGAUAUCGGUCAACAAUAAUUACAUUUGCUAUGCUGUCAAGGGUGAAAAGAUACGUGUACUUGAAAGAUCGAGUUCACAAAAGGCACUGAUUAAAGAUAUCGUUGGUACAAUCACUGACAUGCAAUUCUUUAACGACCAGUCCAAUCUAUUGGCCUGUGUCACUGAUAGUGGAGCACUCUAUGUCUAUGACAUUGAAUCAAAUCCAUCAACUGCCGGUGCCAUCUCUACUCAACUGUGUCUCUUUUCUACGACUGCAGUCUCUGCCGAUGUUAACCCACAAAUGUUGCCCAAGGUAUGUUGGUGUGGUCCAACACGAAUUGCCAUUGGAGGAAGUGGAGUGGCUGCUCUCAGUAUAGUUGACUUUUCAACAUCACAACAACAACCAUCCAUCCUCUCGAUCGCCGUACAAGCCGGUGCCAAUAUCAAUGCUCUUGCAUACAAUCCAUCCAACUCUAUUCUCGCAUACGGUGGUGCAAAUGGAUCGGUUGGAUUGAUCGACCUCAAUGCCACCUCGCUAAAGAGUAGCACAACAUCAUUGUCAACAGAAGAGAUUCACUUUGUAUCGUUUAUUGGACAAGGAGAUCAUUUGAUUGUAGCAAGUCGUGGUAAUCGUGACAUAUCAGUGGUCAAGAUUGACGGUUGGAAAGUUGUACAAAAGGUUACCAUCCAAAAUGGAGGUGACCAACCAUGUCUAUUAAAUUCAGUAGAUCAAUACCUAUUUGUCAUUCAUACUGGUUGUUCAAGAGGUUAUGUUUUACAUUUUGAUCAACAAUUAGAACAACAACAAUCGACCUCCGAGACAACUCCACACUUUGAUUAUAUUACAGAGUUUGAUGUUAAAAAGCCAGUACUUAGUUACACUGUAAAAUCAAUCACAUCGACUCCAGUCGCCCGUACUUCAAUGCGUGAAGAGAGAAAGGAAAAGAAAUUUACAAUCUAUUCUGUUCAAGGUCAUGCUAUCCUCUUUCACAGUAUCCAACUAUCUCAAGCCUAUUUGGAAUCUGAUAUUUAUAAUGAUAGAGAUGGUCAAACUAUUGGUCAAAAAUUAACCGCUGCCACCUCUGUCGCUGUUUCAUCUCCACCAUUACCACCAGCAACAACCGAACAAGAUAUAUUGGAAUUGCUCACACCAGGAAAAUUACUUGUAAAUAUUCCUUCAUCUCCACCACCAGUAUCACUUCCAGAUCCAACCAAAGAUUUGAAAGAUUUAUUAUCCUCUACUACAACAAAUGUUUCAUCGCUAAAGUCUCAUGUUGAAGUUAAUAUUUCUCCAGAAAAUGGUGAUGAAAAAUCGAUACCAUCACCAUCCUCCUCGUCCAACAAAAAGAAAAAGGUACCAAAAUCUCAAUUAACCAAACAGCAUCCAUCAAGUGAAUUGUUACCUUCACCAAAAUCAUCAGUCUCUCCAAGUAUUUCAGAAUCAGACUUGACAUCUGUUGAUCAAUUACUUAGUCCUGCUAGUUUGGUUAAUCAAACUACUUCUCCAACAAUCACAAAAAAAAAUAAUAACGGUACUUCAUCACCACAACCAAUUAAAAAGGAAAAGGAAUUGACAUCAGCAACUACUACAACUACAACAACAUCACCACCAGUUUCUGUUAAACCAAAAUCAAAAACACCAUCGAUUAGACCAACACCACUUCAAAUUCCAACUGUUAACCCGCCAAGUAGUAGUGGUGGUAGUAGUCUUAGUCUUUCUAAUCAAUCAAUUCUACCAACAACAGUACAACCGAUUCAACCAACAAUUCAAUCAACAAAUCAACAACCAAGUCCAACUCUUCAAGCUUCUCCAAUUAUUACAAGUACUCCUCCUCCACCACAACAAUCAACUACUACUAUAGUAGAUCCAAUUGUAUCAUCAUCAUCAUCAUCAAAGUCAACUUCAACUUCUUCAAUUGAUGAACAAAUGAUUACAAAUUUAAUUCAAACUACAAUUAAAAGUAAUCUUGAAAAGAUGGUAAAAAAGGAAGUUGUACCAGUACUAUAUAGUCUUGAAAAGUCAUUGGGUGUAACUUUUGAACAAUUGGUUGGAAAGAUUGUACAAGAAUCUGUUAAAAAGAUUGGAACAAAGUCUGAAUCUAUUCUAAAGACUAGUUUGGAUGGAUUGAAUUCUCAGCUCAAAACAUCAACCGUCACUGAAGCCAUCGAAUCUACGAUCAAGCAACAGAUUGAAGCUGUAUUUUUAGAAUAUUUUGGACAAGUUUUGGUACCAGGAUUUGAAAAGUCUUGUAUGACCAUGUUUAAGCACAUCUCGGUUGUGUUUGAACGUGGACUUGUCGAAAGUAGUCAGCAAUUCCAACUUUCACUACAAGCCCAACAACUUGCCAGUCAAGUAGCUCUCACUGAACAACUCAAACAACAAAAGGAAUCAACCGAUCUCAUUUUGAAUGGUCUAUUGCAACAACAACAACAAAUGCAAACCGAUAUGAAACAACUGAUGAAUAUUAUUCAAUUCCAACAACAUCAAUUACAACAACAACAACAUCAAACAAGUGCACCAUCAGUAUUCCCAACUUCUACCAAUAAUAAUAAUAUGUCAUCACCACAUCAAAAUAUGAUGAAUCUUUAUAAUAGUCCAGGUCAACAACAACAACAACAACCAAAUGCAUCAAUGUUUCCUCAACAUUUAGGAUUUCAACAACAACAACCUCAACAACCUCAACAAACAUUUUCACCAACCAUCAAACCAGUAUCAUCAUUAAUUUAUCCAGAAUUGAAAAUAUUUAUUGAAUCUGGAGAUUAUUCGAGUGCCUUUAACUUUGCAUUGAAUGCAUCAAACUUGACCAUGGUAGUUGACCUCUGUUCAGUAUUGGAUCCAACCGAGGUGUAUGGACGCAAGAACCUUCAAAACCCAACCAUCAUUUCAUUGAUCCAACAACUAUCAUUUGACCUCAACAAUGAAACCGACCUCAAAUUGAAAUGGAUCAAGGAGAGUAUCUUUCAAUUGGACCCAAAUCAUACCUCUAUCGCCGAGAUUGUUAGAAAAGUCUUGCUACCAAUUAAAUUAAAAAUAGAAUCUCAACCCCAUAUCUUGGCUAAAGAAUAUUAUACUCAUCCUAUACUUUCAGCUUUAAAAAUAAUUUUAAAAUAA